AUGUCAAUUGAACAAAAAAUCACUGAAUGUUCAGGAAAAAUUAAAAAGUUAAAGCCUGGUGAGGCUUUUAUAAUGUCAUUUGAAAUUGGUUUCUAUGAUAAGACAAUAAUUGAUGCUUCUGUAAUGUCAUUAUCAUCAAAAAAAAUCAAAAGUAAAAAAGAGAAAUGUUUUAAAAAAUUUGGAAAAUGUUGUCGUGAAAAGUAUAUUGGUAAAAAUAAGAAUGAAAUUAGGGACAAAUUAUGUACAAACGCUAAUUUAAUUGUACAGGGAAGUGUUUUAGCAACAAAAAUUGUUAAAAUAUUGGAAAAUCUUAAAAAUACAAAAAAUUCAUUGUUUAGUUCUCAAGAGCGUACUAAUACCAAUAUUCCUACUGAUGGAUAUAGUCUUAAAAAUAGUUCUUCAAAUUAUAGAAAUAAUUUUUUUGAAUAUAAGGAUAUCUUAUCUCCAGAAAGAACAACGAAUUCUCACAUAUAUGAUAAUAUUGAUAGAGUAAAAGACAGAAUAUAUGAUAAAAACAAUAUGGAUAGUAGCCUUACUCCUACAACUGAUUCCUUUUAUACUUCAUAUGAUAGAUCAUCUAAACAACAAAGUCAUGUUACAACUGGAAGUGGUACAACAAAAACAACAACAACAACAAUGGGAAGUACUGAAUCCAAAACUCCUACAACAAUACCAAAUUCUGUAGUUACAAAUGCUCCAGCUAUUCCUGCUAAUACAAGCAAAUGUGUUAUCAAACCAAUUUCUCCAAGAUUAAAUAGAAAAAUAGCUAAACUUGUACUAAAUGAAGAAAAAAAACGUAGAAAAAAUGGAACAGCUAAAUUAAAAGAUACGAAUGGUAGUCCUUCUAAAUUAGCUACAUCAUCUAAUAUUAAAAAUGAAAUAGGUAAAUCUCAACUAGAUUUAACCCAAAAAGAAAAACAAGAUUCUGUUUUCAACAGUGCUCCAACUUCCUCAGCAAAUACAGCAAUCUCAAUAAAUGAAAAAUCUUCCAUAAAUGGAGAUGUUAUAAAUAAAACUAAAAAUGUAAAUGAUAAUAUUUCUAAUAAAAAACCAAAACAAGAUUUAUCAAGUACAGCAUCCAUCAACACAGCAGAGUCACCAACAAAUACUAAGAAUGAUAGCAAGGAUUCUUCAGUAUCUACAACAUCAUCAACCGGAGCAAUAACAGCUAUUUCAAUUAAAGAUUUGGAUAUAAAUACUGCUGCUUCUGAAAAAAAAAAUGAAAAUCCAGAAAUAUCAUCAAAUGCAGUACAAUCAAACGCUUCAUCAGUUCAGACUGCACGAUUACCUCCACAUAUCCAAAAUCAACAAACACAAAAUUUAAAAACAAAUGCUUUGUAA